AUGUCAAGGAAACAAAGACCUUCAAUUCCUCAGAAACAGAAUAUGCUCCAAAACCAGAAAAUAUUGUCAAGAAACUUUUUUUCCCCAUCUACUUCAUCUGAAUUGUUGGAAGAAGAAGAAGAAGAAGAAGAUGAUGAUGAUGAUGAUGAUGAUGAUGAUGAUGAUAAGAUGAAUAAUACUGAAACAUCAACCAGGUCAACUCGUGCAAAAGUUCAGAAGGUCAAAGUCAAUGGUACUGUUUCUGGUAACAAAGUGAGUGCUUGCAAGAAGCGUACGCGUUCAGCGGUUGGGAAAAAGGAAGAAACAGAGACUAUUGAGACUACAACAGAAAAGGAUACUACUACUUUUCAUGUGCAAAAAGGCAAGAAUACCCUUUCUGCCACAUCAUCGCCUUAUAAUGAGGUUAAGAAUUCUAUCGAUGGGAGAAGGCGUAAGCGUUCAGUGCUUAACAAUGAGGUAUCAGAGCCAACAACCGAAGAAAUUGAGACCAAAUCCACUCCGGGUCCCACUGCAGUAAAGAACAAGAAGACCAAGACAUCUGGUAAAACUCAAGAUUCAGGAGGGAAUGUGAUGAGCAAUGGUGGUAAGAAGGGUUUGGUUGAGUUGAAGGCACAAAGGGUGCGGUGUUCACCAAGGUUGAACCCUAAGACAUGAUAUGAUGCACAAAACAAGGUGUACUCUUUUGUUGUAUGUUUGAUUAAUGAUUAAUUAUUUGCCACUUUGGUAUGUAUGGCAUUUUCCUCCCAAGUUGUCAUGAAAAAGGGGCAAAACUAGGAGUGGUAAUAUAAUAUAAUGUGAUAAAAGACUAUGGCUUCAUGAUCAUCAUCAUCAUCUCUCUAGCUUCUUAUGUUGUUGUAUUGUUAUCAUGUAAAAGGGGCUAAACUUGGGAGUGGCGAU